AACAAAACCCAUUCCCGGGCCAUUUGGGAGUUGCACGCGUUCGCACCCGGGGUUCAGCCCGUUGCGCCUUCACGCGCAACCUUUUUGUUUAUGCGGCGAGCUGGGGAGAGAGGGGCGGAGAGGGACGCAGCUCUCAGUAUGCAGCAGGCAGCCGGGGUAUAUAUAUAAAGCUCGGGUCCCGGGUCUGGCGGAGAGAAGAGGCCCGGCUGGCCCGCGAGCUGGCAGCCGCCUUCUGCUGGGCUCCGCCGCGCCAUGGAAACCGGGGAGCCCUCGGCUAGCGGAGCCGGCGAGUGCGCGCCCCGCCGUUGCCACCGCUUCCCGCCCGCGGGCCGGGAUCGCCCGCCGCGGCGCCGGGGCGCGGACUCCGGCGGCGGCGCCUCCCCCACCCCGGCCCUACCGCUCGCGUCUCCCCAGCUCCUCCCCUCCGCUCUCCGCCCCCCGCCGGCCCCGGGGCCGCGCUCGGCUGCGGGCGGUCCUCCCGGGUCUGGGCUCCCGUCUCCUCGGCGGGCCUCGGGCCCCCCAGCCCGCAGAUCUGCAAGCUUCUGGAGACCGUGGGUUGACACCAGAGGCUACAAGGAGGAGGGGGCGUCGCAGCACGCGGCGGGGGCGAUGCCGGACGACGCCGGGGUGACCGAAGCCUCAGGAAAGCCUUCCCAAUACAGACACCCAGUCAGAAGGAAGAAUGGUGUUCAUAGUUGCAGUUUUACCGCAGAUCGCGCUUGACGUGGAAGAGAAAAUGGAGUGUGAUGAAAAUCGUAAAGAUCAAGAAGCUUCCUAAAAGGGAUCGAGGUUACUUAACAUGACAGUGAAGAGCUAGUUUCCCCGUUGCUAGCCGCGGGAAGUCGGCCUUUCGGUGGAAAUCUUUGUAAGCGUUUACUCAGGUGAAAGGUUCAUUCUGCAGUUUGCUGGCUUCAGAGGGCUGUGAAAUGCACAGCCCAUGGUAUUUGUAUUUGUAUGUAUAUGUUUAUAAGUAGCUUAUAGAGCUCGAUGAAUGUUGAUUAAUUUUCUAUGUAGUGAUGGACACAGGAAAAAAAAUAACCACACCCCUUUGGCAAGUGUUGUAAUAGUUUAGUUUGGUCAGUUUUAGCAGUAUGUAAAGGAUGAGAAGUACCUAACUGGGCCAGACGGAGUGGGGCAAGAUCUGGGAAGUGUGUAUGACAGGAUGUGGUUACCUAGCUGAACCUUGAAGUUAGCCAGAUGGAUGGUAGGUGGGGAAAUGGGACAGAAGAAAUAGCAUAGGUGAAGGGAUACAGAGUCAUGGAACAACAUGGUUCCCAAUGGGAGCCUCAAGGACCUGGAAUUGGGUGCAUGAAGCUGUGAUCAUUCUAGCAGGUAAGCCAUAGGCCACAUCUUCUACACCGUGUUGUAGAGUUUUGUCCUGUUCCUGAGUGUGGCAUUGGGAAUCCAUGGCCUUUAUUUUGUGGAUGGUACCGGGGGUUACUCAAAGCUAGUAUGAUCAAUUUAUGUUUCAGAAAAUGCACUAAGAAAAUGGUAUAUAGAAUUAGUUAGAAAACCAAAAUGAAAUCGGAAGUUACUGUAAUUCAGGCAAGCUAUGAUAAAAAGCCAAUCUAAGGCAUUAGAAGUAGGGAUGAGACUGGGUGAAUUUGGGGAAUGCUUAGGUGACAUAAUAGGUUAUGUAUAUAUAAUGUAUUGGAUAUGGUAGGUAAGGAGGGGUUGAAAAGACAGAAUGGCUUCCGAGUUUGUGGCUAGCGACCAGAUGAAUGCUGUAUUAACAGAGUGGAAAAUAAGGCUUAAAACAGAUUUGGGGAACAAGAUAAUGAGUCCAAUUUUUCAUAUAUUCUAUUUAAUGUGCUUAUGGGGUUUCAAAAUAGAUAUGUCCAGUAAGGAGCUGUGCACCUACACACGUAAGGGGCCUGGAGUCAACAUCUUAAGUGGAAAUACAGACAGUUGGGAGUCUUCAAUAAAUGAACAGUUAAAGAAAUCAUGUCAGUAGACCAAGUCUUCCAGGGGAGUGAGAGAGGUGAGAUGAUCACUCUUGAUAAAACACUGGGGAAGGACAAUACCAACCUGUAUACAGAGAAAAAGCUAUCUUCGAAAGAUACUGAGAAAUAUCACUCAGAACAGGGAAGAAUUCAGGAAAGUGUGAAGUCCCCAAAAGAGAAGUGGUUACUCAGAGAUUCUGGGCAGAGUGUGGUUACAGUUAAACAACAUUCUUUGGGUUUGACAGUUCUAGUUAAGCAUUAGAAAAUUAUGUUUCAGGGGCACCUGGGUGGCUCAGUGGGUUAAACCUCUGCCUUCAGCUCAGGUCAUGAUCUUAGGGUCCUGAGAUCGAGCCCCACAUUGGUCUCUCUGCUCAGCAGGGACCCUGCUGCCCCCCUCUCUCUGCCUGCCUCUCUGACUACUUGUGAUCUCUGUCUGUCAAAUAAAUAAAUAAAAUCUUAAAAAAAAAAAGAAAAUCAUGUUUCCUAUAUAAGAAAUCCCUUUCUUUUCUGAACUACUAUAGCCAUUUAUUUGUACUUCUUUUAAUUUUAUUUUUAUUAAUUUCUAUCUUGAAUACUGUUGAGUAUUUCUCAUUCUUUUUACUCAGUUGUCAAUUUCUUAAGGAUAGAAACUGGGAUUUUUUUCAUCUUUGAAUUAUGAAUUUCAUCUGGCACAAGAGAUUACUAAAAUUGUUAUUGAAUGACUGAAUUAUUGAUGGUUGCUUAUUUAGGCACCAAAAUUAAAACUUUUUGUCAUUCGCUUAGAAACAUUUAUAAACUACAUUGCUUACUUUUCUGCCCUUUACAAUGGAGUAUAUUGAGCAUAAUGAGACCUCUCUGUUAGAAGCACUCUGUUACAAAUGGGUACAUGGGAUUAGCUACCCUACACUAAAAUGUAGUAUUGUUGGUGGGUCAGCCAUAUCCUUCUUCCUUCUUUGCUUUGGAGGAAAAUAAAGGAAGACUAGAUGGCAAAAUUAAUAUUUGUGAAAAAUUUGAAAUUCUGAGGCAAUUUUGUUAUAUGCAAAUUGUAUAAAGCCAGAAUUAUUCUCACUAUCCCAAAAUAGUGUUCCAAAUUCAGUUGUAUGGGGAAAGGGGAGGGAGAUGGGAUCAAGGCUGGUCCCAGAGGAAGCCUUCUUAUAGCCCUGGUGUGAGUACAUAGAAAAACUUUAAAAUAUUGCUUUUUGUACUCUUCUAAAUGUAUGUUGUUAGCUACAUCUGCAACUAACAGUUAAAUCUGUGAGUUUUAAGAUACUAGGUGAUUUCUGCUUUUCUGGAAGGUGCAUAAUAUUUUGUUGUCUUUAUAAAGUUGGGUUUGAGAAUUUUUAAUAUAAUUGUAGGAUUCAUUUUUUUUCUCCAAAGGAUUUUGGAAAUUGGAAGACAAUUCCUCAUCUGUAUACUAUUAAGAAUAAAUAUAUAUAUAACACCUGAAGUGAGCUAAAUAUUUACCACAAAGGGUGUGAAUUUUUUUGAUCCAGUUUACAGCUUGGAUAAAGAUUUAAAAUGAUUAACUAGUUUUUGAUACUUUGUCAACUAGACUUCCAUGACACCUGAGCAAUUUUAAACUAUCUAAAGUCAUUCAUCAGUUGUUAAGUAUAUGGAACUCUUAAAAUUUGAACAUUUCAUGAGUAUAAGGAUUCUGAAUGUGAAAAAAAAAAAUAAAGCAUAUUAUGUUGUCUGCUUC